AAACGAUUCAAUACUUCGCGUCAAUAUGAGAGACACGAGUGAAGCGCCGGCAGUCGAAGUGGUCGUCCAAUCGGGGGUUGAUAUCAAUGCGAUGAAGAUUUACCACAAGUCUGUCCAACCGUUGGGAACCAAUAAAUGUGUCCAUCAUUUAUGUCCACAACUGUGUCUGCCCUCCAGUUAUCACGAGAGGCAAUACACGUGCGGUUGUCUACCGUUCCACACAUGGGAUGGGAAUACCUGUGUGUUUACGGGUGUCGAGGAGACGGCUAUUUCUAGGGCCUGCAUUAAUAAGGCUCCCAAUUAUGCAUGGCUUUCCAUUGAUGUCCAAUGUUUUGGCAAAAUUGAGAAGAGGUAUACCUUCGAGAGACUCAAAUGAAUGGCGAUUUAUGAGUGGAUUCUCACCAUUUUAUUCAUAAUUAUAUCUAUAUUUUUGCUACAUUAAGCAUAUGAUAAUUCAAAAUAUAUUGUAUAUUAAGGCAC